UCGAGAAGCGUAUUUUAUAAGUGUAUUUUACAAGUGAAUAUAAUAAAUUCUAAGCUUUUUAGUUUUUUAAUUUUUGAAUAACUUCUGUAGUAAGUGCAAAUCAAACAUUUCAAUGGAUUCUCACACGGGCAGACUGCAAGGACCGAUUCACCGGCAAGAUUAUUCAAUAAUCGAUAAUGUGAAAUAAAAAUCGAUGGACCCUAGUGAGGGUGAAGACAAAUUGGGGAAAUUUCUAUUAAGUGGGCUUUCGCAAACGAGCCAUGCAAGUAAUGAAUUCGAUUGUUUGCUGAUAUUAUUUAUUACCCUACUCCCGAUAGUAACGACCAAUCGGGGGAGAAGAAAAGGGCGCCCGCUGAUGCAUUCAAAAAUAUAUAAAUGGACAAUAGCGGGCCUACCCUCGUUCAGUUGGGUUCUUCAGCUUGCCGUUGACUACGCUCGUCUUUUUGUCAUACUCCGUUCCAAUACGAGUAAUUGGAAAAUCGCAACGACACAUUGCACAUAGAUCAGCUUCGCAGUUGCGAAUUACACGUGGCGCGAGACGGACGUAUCUCUUGUAACUCAAAGUUUCCGACUCCGUCGCUCGUUCCAGCACUCGGCGCUCUUUCUGAAACAGAGAAGAUGCUUUCUUUGAAUAUCGGAUAUCUCUUUAUCCUCGUUGCCGCUGUCGUGACUGGCGUGGCUAGCAGAGCAAGACCAUUACAGGAGAACAAUAUAAAACUGGCUACCGAGAGGAAGAAUGGGUUUACGACGGUAUGGACCAAGAUCGUAGAGAACCCGCCGGAUUCGCUAGAAGUUGCCCUCGGAAGUCGCGUUGAGCUGCAGUGCGAGGUGGGUGGUCAUCCGCCACCUCAGGUUUACUGGAUAACGGGGAAUGAGCCGGAACGACAGAUUCAAGAAUUAAUAACGCGCGCUCAAGAGGAAAGCAACACCGUGUCGACCGAGUGGGAGGGCGUCAGUCUGAUCUCCUCGACGUACGUGAUCGACUGUGCCAGCGUGGAGGACCAGGGGCUAAAAUACUGUGUCUCAGUGUCGAAAGAUGCUGUAGCAACGUCAUUGCCAACUGUGCUCCUAGUUAACACAACCAGGACUACCGAGUGCAACGGUGACACCCAGCCUACUAUCGUCUUGCAUUCCACAUGGCGGUUCGCUCUGCAACAAGAUACAGUGAUCCUCCGCUGUAGAGUCGUGGGCCAACCGGAGCCCUACCUGUUCUGGUUGGACAACUCAAAUAAUAUCAUUAGCCCUACCACGCACGCCAGGCACACGGUGCUGCCCAACGGCGAUCUGCAAAUAACGAACGUCAAAUGGGGUGACAUGGGUGAAUAUGUUUGUAAGGUGCAGUCGGGUCGCACGCAGAAGAGAGCGUCCACUUUCCUCUACAUCAUACGUUCCAAUGAAGAGAAGAAAAAUAACACAAUAUGAAAAUUCGUCGUGCGUUGAAUCAAUCGGAAUUAACCAAAUUCUUUUCGUAAAUUAAUGAAAAAAAAUUUGUAAAGAAAUGAAAUACUUUUAAUAAAAGGUAUUCGUCCCAUUCACAUUUCUGAGGAUGCAGAAAUUUUGGCCUCUCUCUCUAGAUGUAGAUUUAAUGUUGAGACGUAGAAUAAAUAACGUUCGAGAUAGAAGGAUGUGUAGAGCGAUGGAAGGGUAUUGGACACAAAAGAAAAACUUGGCAAAAGUAUUACUGUAUUUUGUUCUUUUAAUCAUUACCAUUACGAACCAUUACUUACAAAUCAAACUGUGAUUAUGGUUGUUCCUGCAGGUUUGUACGUGUGUUUCACAUGAUGGUAUGUACGUGUGUAUCUGCAUAUGUAUAUAUCCUCUUUACGAAAUUACGUUUAUCAUUUAUUUAGCAUUCUUCUUACUGGUAUCGUUAACGUCAUCGUUAUCUGAUAUUAGCGAUAUACUUAUUUUGAUACAAUACGACGUUCUAUGCUGUAGUAAAUAAUAUAAUAAUGUAUAACAUUAAUUAAAUACAUGAGUGUAAUUAAUACCACACAUAAAGAUGCGGCAAUUAUACAUAUAAUCAUUUCUAAAUGUAAUUUCAUAGUUGCUCUGAUUUGCAGGCUCACGAGACGCUCUAUAAAAUCGAGCGCACGCUCUGCCAAUAAAAAUAUAUCUGUAAAUAACGCAAA